AUGCUGGAGCGGCAUCCCUCUGCUGCACCUUGUGCUGUUGCUGCUCUUCUUAACUGGGCUCAGAUCGCAUACAGCUUCCCUCACCUUGUUGUCUUCACCCGAAAGCAGCGCAGCAAGACGCAUGCGAAGCUGCACGCGAGCAGCACUGCAGCAGCAGCAAACGCAUGCAUGGGGGAGCAACCCCCACAGCAGCAGGGAGAAGAAACUGCAUUUCAGGAGGAGCAGGAGCAGGAGCAGGGCCAGGCGGAAGAAGACCGUUCCGCACCAGAUACAGGGGCUGAAGAGACGACAGCAGCAACUGCUGCUGCUGCAGCAGCUGCUGCUGAUGCUGCUUCUCCUGCUGCUGCUGCAGUACAGGCAGAAGCAGAACCAGCUUACGCGUCAGGAGACCACUCAGGAGAUGACAACGCGGUGGAAGAGGAGGCGGACGAAGAGAGCGCAUCGGUAGAUAUAGAGGAAGAAGAAAAAGAAGAUCAGACAGAUGGAGAGGAAGCAGAAGAAUUUGUUUUGAAUGAAAUGCAGCGAGAAGCAGCGAAGGACGACACGGAUAGUUUCUUAGCAGCAGCAGCAGCAACAGCAGCACAGCAGCAGCAACCUACAGCAGCAGCACUUCCUUUGACUGUGAAAGCCAACUGGAAAAUCUUAUCUCCUGAGAAUGAAGAAGGGAUAAGCAGAAACCAACUAUCUCAUGAAUCCGUACAGAUGCAUCCCCUGGUGUUUCUUGCUGCGGGACUCAGCCGCUGGCUGCGUGUACACCUGGGGCGCCUGGGGUUCACCGGUGACGGCCUGCCCCAGUCUGACAGACCCCCUGGCACCGUUGCGCGAGUUUCAGGUAUAUUGACUUUCUUCGCCUCGCUGGUGAAGCUGCUGCCGCUUGCAGCGCUGCAGCAAAGCCCAUCUGAUGAGACACAAACAGCAGCAGGAACAGCAGCAGGAACAGCAGCAGGAACAGCAGCAGCGGCAACAGCAGGGGGCGUGGUGCAAGCGGUGUUAGAGCACAUCACCGAUGCGGCAUACCGGUGUUCUACAUUACACACAGAGCUGGCAGCAGACUCUGUGUUGUCACAGUUGCUUGAAUCUGAUGGAAUAAACAAAGAAGAAGAAAGCAGCAGCAGGACCUCUCGUGUAGGACAAAACAAGCAGAGCUUGUGGGCUUCUCUUGCUAGCUUGACCCCUGUGCAGCAGCUGGGGGAGGUUGCAACGGGGGGAGCUCUGCUGCUGCGGCGCUUAGAGCAGCUGCUUAGGAGCAGCGGAAAGGAAGAGGUGUAUCGGGUGCUGCUGACAACCACAAGACAAAAUGUAUCAGCUAAGCGAGUGAUGAGGAGACUGAAGGCGCAGAAAACUUUCUUAGAAAACCCCAGAGCUCAUGCACGAAGAAAGAUAAGAAGAAAUAAAGCGAAAGAAAUACAACGAAAAAUACGAAAAAGAGAAAAAAUAUUCAAAAGGAAAGGAUUCAUCAAAAGGAAAAUAAAUGCAUAA